CCCGGAUCGCAAUCGCGUGGCGCCCCUCCUGGAAGCCAGCCCUGCACCCUGCACUCCGCCCCCAGCCGCCUCUGCAGCUCUUGAGGCUUGAGGUUUGGUGGGGAAAUCUCUCUGGAGACAAGCAGAAAACUUUUCCCCUCCCAGCGCCCGGGGGCUCUUUUGUCUUUCUAGUGUGGCGGCGGCGACGACAGAGCAGCGAGUCCCUGUCCCCUGCCCCGCGCCUCGCGCCGGGUGACCUCCGAGGGCAGGAGCGCUCGGACUCCGGGCGCCCUAUGGCUGCGGCCAGCCGCCCGGCGACCCUUGCCGGGCCCGGCCCAGAGGCCGCCUCCCGCACCCCCAGCCUCCCGCCAGCACCCCUUGCCACCCGCCCCCUCGCUUGACUCAUCCGCCCGCUGUGGCCGCUCCGCGUCCGCUGCCCAAGCCUGGCGGGGAUGGGGAGGGAGACCGUGGCUGCCCGCGCCUGCUGAGAUUCCAGCUGACGCCCCCGUCCCCAUCGCUUCCUUCGCUCGGCUCGCGCCCGACGUCCCACCGCUCCGGGAGUCAGAGCCGCGAGAGGUGACUGGACCCCCGAGGCCCCGCGCUCAGGACAGAAUAAAAGACUGAGCUAUGAUAGCAACUGGUGGAGUAAUAACUGGCCUGGCUGCCUUGAAAAGGCAAGACUCUGCCAGAUCACAGCAUCAUGUCAACCUCAGCCCAUCACCUGCUGCCCAGGAAAAGAAACCAGUCAGACGUCGACCACGGGCCGAUGUUGUGGUUGUUCGAGGCAAAAUCCGGCUUUAUUCCCCAUCUGGUUUUUUUCUCAUUUUAGGAGUACUUAUCUCCAUUGUAGGAAUUGCAAUGGCAGUCCUUGGAUAUUGGCCCCAGAAAGAACAUUUUAUUGAUGCUGAGACAACGUUGUCAACAAACGAAACUGAGGUCAUCCGGAACCAAGGCGGUGUGGUGGUUCGCUUCUUUGAGCAGCAUUUACAUUCCGAUAAAAUGAAAAUGCUUGGCCCUUUCACAAUGGGGAUUGGCAUUUUCAUUUUCAUUUGUGCUAAUGCCAUUCUUCAUGAGAAUCGUGACAAAGAAACCAAAAUCAUACACAUGAGGGAUAUCUAUUCCACAGUCAUUGAUAUCCACACGCUAAGAAUCAAGGAGCAAAAGCAUAUGAACGGCAUCUACACUGGUUUAAUGGGAGAAACAGAAGUAAAACAGAAUGGGAACUCCUGUGCCUCGAGACUGGCAGCUAACACCAUUGCUUCUUUUUCAGGUUUUAGGAGCAGUUUUCGGAUGGACAGUUCUGUUGAGGAGGAUGAGCUUGUGAUAAAUGAAAGUAAGAGUUUGGGGCAUCUUAUACCACCUUUGCUCUCUGACAGCUCUGCCUCUGUGUGUGGCCUCUAUCCACCUCCUUCCAAGACAGCUGAGGAUAAGUCCAGUGGCCCUAAGAAAUGUGAAACCAAGUCAAUUGUGUCAUCGUCCAUCAGUGCUUUUACAUUGCCUGUGAUCAAACUUAAUAACUGUGUUAUUGAUGAGCCCAGUAUAGACAACAUCACUGAGGAUGCUGAUACCCUUAAAAGUAGGUCAAGGAAUUUGUCAAUGGACUCCCUGAUGCUCCCCCUACCCAACAGCAGUCAGCCCUUCCAGCCAGUCAGUAUGAUUCUUCCAAGGAAUAAUUCCAUUGGGGAGUCAUUGUCAAGUCAGUACAAGUCCUCUGUGGCCCUUGGACCUGGAGCUGGACAGCUCCUGUCUCCUGGGGCUGCUAGAAGACAGUUUGGGUCCAACACAUCCUUGCAUUUGCUCUCGUCCCACUCAAAAUCCUUAGACUUAGACCGAGGUCCUUCCACCCUAACUGUUCAAGCAGAACAGCGGAAACAUCCAAGUUGGCCUCGGUUGGAUCGAAGCAACAGCAAAGGAUAUAUGAAACUAGAGAACAAAGAGGACCCAGUGGAGAGGCUGCUUGUGCCCCAAGCUGCCAUCAAGAAAGACUUUACCAAUAAGGAGAAGCUUCUUAUGAUUUCAAGAUCUCACAAUAAUUUGAGUUUUGAACAUGAUGAGUUUUUGAGUAACAGCUUGAAGCGGGGAACUUCUGAAACAAGGUUUUAAUGUUGAAAAAUUUAUUAUUUUACAAGGCUAUAUAUUUUAAACCUAUUUUCACCAGUGUUUCCUUGUUAACGCCUUGGUUAUAAGCCUUUUUAAUCAAAUAAUUUGUAGUGUAUUAGGCCUGGCUGCUUAAAUUCUGUAAUGGAGAUGGUUAUAUCUUUGGGUUACUUAUGACUGCAGUACUUUAUAUUAUCACAUAUGAUUUUGUUUUUUCCAUUCCUUAGAAAGCACACUUUCUUUUGUUAAUGUGAAUACAGAAUACUUCCAUCCAAAUUAAAGUUCCUUUUCUUUACUUUAAAGUUCUUUCAUUGAUGGUCAUAUUCAUAGAACGAAAUGUCCAGUUUGGAAAAGGCAGGGUACCAAGGUGUGGAUGAGAAGUACCAAAUUCGGGCCCAAAACUCAAUAUAGAUUUAUAAAUGAUUGUGAAUGUAAAUCCUAGGUGUGAUUUUCUGAAUAAUUGUUUUUAUAUAGUAUUGGUUAAAUUAUUUAAAAGGGAAAAGAUCUAGCUUUUGUGCAAGCUAAAAAACGUGAAUUGGUUAAAUUAGUUUAGUUCUGUGUGAACUAAAUGGUUAAGUUGGUUGUGUCUAGGGCCCUGAGCUCUAAGUAGGUGUUAUCUUUUUCUUUUCUUUUCUUUUCUUUUCUUUUCUUUUCUUUUCUUUUCUUU